AUGAAGACAAACAUCAUCUCUUGGAACAUUGGGGGACUCCGCGACAGCAGUAAAAGGGACGAGCUCAAGGUUUUAUUGAGAUUAUGGAAGCCAGAUAUUAUUUGUUUACAAGAAACUCAUGUUGAAGGCUGGCAAAGACAUCAAGUGAAGCAGUUCUGGGGAGGAAAUAAUUUCGAUUGGAUUGCCUUAGACUCCAAUGGACUAUCUGGCGGAAUCAUAGUGGUAUGGAAUACUAACAAAGUUGCUGUGACUGAAACUCUCUUAGGGGAUUUUUCUGUAUCAAUAAGGUGUCAUUUUUUGUUUGAAAAUUUUAAUUGGCUACUCACCGCAGUUUAUGGUCCUGUUCUCAACAAUGAGAAAAAUCAAUUUUGGGCGGAAUUAAGAGAUAUACGCACAAUUUGGGAGGAUCCGUGGGUUCUUUGCGGAGACUUCAAUGCAACUAGAUUUUUGUACGAGAGGUCUGGGAGAAACACUAACACUCGGUCCAUGAAAAAAUUCGCGUCAUUAGUUCAGCAUCAACAUUUAAUGGACCUUCCCCUUAUUGGCAGUCACUAUACUUGGAGCAGAAACUCUUCGUGGAGUAAGAUUGAUCGAUUUCUCAUUUCAUCUUCAUGGGAAGACAACUACAGGAGAAUUGAGCAGUCCACCCUGCCAAAGCCUUUUUCGGACCAUCACCCCAUUAUGUUCUCCACACACAAUGAAGGAUGGGGCCCUACUCCUUGCAGAUUUGAGAAAAUGUGGCUCCAAGAUGCGACUAUUUUAGAUCUCAUGCGAAAUUGGUGGAACUCUUUUAGCUUCUCAGGCACACCUGGCUACGUUCUAGCAAAAAAGAUGCAAGCCCUUAAGGAGAAGCUGAAAGUAUGGAAUCGGGAGGUAUUUGGUAAGAUCGAUACUUUAAUUCAAAACAACCUUAUUACUACUCAUCAGAUUGAAUCAAAACUGCUUCAGGAUCCUAAUAAUCUACAGCUUGCUAGCGAGAAGGUAGGUGCUAAAGCUGAAUUUAAAAGAUUAGCUAAGAUGCACAAUGAUUUUUGGAAACAACGAGCUACCAUUAAUUGGGUAGAGGAAUAUGAAAACAACACUAGAUUUUUCCAUAAGUAUGCUUCAUCGAAACAAAGAGCCAAAAGUUUUUCUCAACUGAAUAUUGAUGGCGCAUUAACGCAUGACAAAAACAUCAUCAAGAAGGCUAUAGUAUCAUAUUACCAAGGUUUAUUCAAGGAAGAUAUUUUCUCCAGACCUCAAUUGGACGGCCUUACUUUCCCAACUAUUUCAUCAACCGAUGCACACAUGCUUGAAGCUAGGUUCACACAAGAAGAAGUAGUUAGUGCUUUGAACGAUCUCGCUCAGGAUAAAGCGUCCGGUCCUGAUGGCAUGCCCAUUUUUGUAAUCAGCAAGUCGUGGGACUUCAUGAAAUUUGAUAUCCUUCAAGUGAUGGAAGAACUUUACAGCAACAAAGUGAUUGACUGGAUACUCAAAUCAACUUUCCUUGUGCUUAUUCCCAAAGUGUAG